AUGAAAUUCUUGAGUUCGUGGGCAAGGAGCAACGCACGAGGAGAAGUACGGUCAAAGGAGCAGAUCAGACCCACGCAUCAUGUAUUGGCGGCUUUCGUCGCACUCUGUCUCUCCAUAUUCCUGGUAGCACUCGACACCGUACUCAUACCAACGGCUCUUCCCACGAUUUCUCGGUCUUUUCGCAUCUCCGACUCCGUAUACGCCUGGACGGGAUCUUCCUACCUUCUCGCGAAUGCCUCAUCCGUCCCUUUCUGGGGUAGGCUUUCGGACGUAUUUGGUAGGAAACCGGUCAUCCUGGCAGCCAACGCUGUAUUCCUUGGCGGGAGCGUCUUGUGCGCCAUCAGUAAAAGUUCUUCCAUGCUCAUCUCUGGUCGAGUGGUCCAAGGUCUGGGCGGAGGGGGCGUCGUGGUUCUAGUACAUGUAUGCGUCAGUGACCUGUUCACGAUCCGGGAUCGGUCAUUCUACAUGGGUACCGUCGGCGCCAUCUGGGCUCUGGCAUCCGCUCUCGGACCGGUACUUGGUGGCGUCUUUGCACAACGUCUUCAUUGGACGUGGUGUUUUUACAUCAACAUGCCAAUCGUCUCGCUCGCAAUCGUGGUUCUCUACCUUACAUUGCACGUUCACAACCCACGAGUACCUCUCAUGGCCGGCCUCGCAGCUAUGGACUGGCUGGGUACUAUCACAAUAGUCACUGCUACUGUACUGCUGCUUGUUGGUCUCCAAGUAGGUGGGAUUACAUCAUACUCGAAUGCGGGAGUUCGUACGUGCUUGGUGCUUGGACCGAUUGCGUACAUUGCCUUUCCUUUCUCACAACAUUGGGUAGCUCAACAUGGUGGGAGCCCAAUCAUGCCAUUGCGAAUAUUCAAAGAUAUCAGCAACCUCUGCGCGUUAGCUGUUUGUGCAUGCGACACUCUAGUCUUUACUUCGGUGGCUUACUUCCUACCUCUAUACUUCCAAGUUGUCCUUGGUCGCAGCUCUGGUAUCACAGGAGUUUACAUGCUCGCAAUCGCAAUACCGUUAGCGAUAAUUUCAUUUGUGUCUGGUCAUGUCAUCGAAAAGACUGGUCGCUUUCUCGAGCCGCUUCAAAUGGGACUCUUUAUUAUGACACUUGGAGUCGGCCUGCUUAUCUCGCUGGGUACUUCGCCAAAUCUCGAAAUCAUCAUUGUGGUGCUGAUUGUCAUCGGCCUAGGAUUUGGUCCCAAUUUCGGUGCACCACUCAUCGCUCUGCAAACACGGAUUCGGGAAUCAGAUAUCGCCUCCGGUACCGCAGCUUUUGGCUUUGUACGCGCGAUUUCAGGUGCGAUUGGUCUUGUCUUAGGCCAAGUGGUAUUCCAGCUUCUCAUGGCUGCAUAUCCCAAGGAGAUUGUUGACAGUGGUGUCACGAAGGACAUCGCCUCGAAAUUUACUGGAGGCGAAGCUAUAUCUUACAGCGUCAUCAUCACUGAGCUUACUGAAUCUCAGGCCCAUGUGGUUCGCCACGAGUUCAUGAGUGCACUGAGAGGGAUGUGGAUCUUUUACACGACUGUCGGCGCAGUGGGUCUAUUAGUGUCUUUUGGUAUUAAAAGAACGAAGUUGCAUCGAAAUUUAAUCACCGAGCUCAACAAGAUGGAGUGUGCGCCGAGCGAUGAUGCGUCAGAUAGCAACAUGCGCGCGCGCGGUUGA